CUGAACACAAACUUCUUUCACACAUUUAAACCCACGAACUCGGUCUCACACAGUGUCAUUACACAAGAGCCGCGCUGAACUCCACGCACUGACGCGCCGCAGGUCCACGCUUGCGGAGUGUGUAUGUGAUUGAGAUCUCCUGUUUGUGUGACUGUAAGUGUGUGUGUGAGCUGCAGUCAUGGCCGUGGACGGAACAGACCAGCGCGCGCUGCAGUAUGAACAAACUUUGAUGUAUGGGCGUUACACUCAGGAAUUGGGUGUUUACGCUAAAGAAGAGGCCGCACGACUUCGAGAGGACAGUCGUCACCGGCGCUCCAUUUCCGACCACAGUCCAUCACUCAAACUCCUGGAAUAUGAAAAGGGACGAUGCGUCAAGUGUCGAAUCUGUGCAGUGCACUGCCAGCGGUUCCUCAUGUCACGGGUCGGCGAGGAUUGGAUCUUCCUCAUCCUGCUGGGACUUGUCAUGGCGCUGGUCAGCUUUGUCAUGGACUUCUGCAUCGCCCUCUUAUUACAAGCACAGAAGUGGAUGUACGGCGGAUUGGACAGUAAUGUUAUUCUGCAGUAUUUGGCAUGGGUCACUUAUCCUGUGGUUCUCAUCAGUUUCUCUUCUGGAUUCACACACAUAGUUGCACCUCAGGCAGCUGGGUCUGGUAUUCCUGAGAUGAAGACGAUUCUGAGAGGUGUGGUGCUGAAGGAAUAUCUCACAUUAAAAACAUUUGUGGCCAAAGUCGUCGGUCUGACGUGUGCACUGGGCAGUGGAUUACCUUUGGGCAAAGAGGGGCCGUUCGUGCACAUUGCUAGUUUGUGUGCUGCUCUUCUUUGCAAAUUCAUGUCUUUCUUCGGUGGGAUUUAUGAGAAUGAGUCCAGGAACAUUGAGAUGCUCGCUGCUGCCUGUGCUGUCGGUGUUGGAUGCUGCUUUGCUGCUCCCAUUGGAGGUGUGUUGUUUAGCAUUGAGGUCACCUCCACAUUUUUCGCCGUACGAAACUACUGGCGAGGAUUCUUUGCUGCUACAUUCAGUGCCUUCAUCUUCAGAGUGCUGGCGGUGUGGAACAGAGAUGAAGAGACGAUCACAGCUCUCUUUAAAACACGCUUCAGGCUGGACUUCCCCUUUGACCUCCAGGAGCUUCCAGCCUUUGCUGUGAUCGGGAUUGCCAGCGGGUUCGGUGGUGCACUAUUUGUAUAUUUGAACAGACUGAUCGUUCAGUUUAUGAGGAAACAGAAAACCAUCAACAAGUUCCUCAUGAAGAAGCGUCUGUUGUAUCCCGCUCUGGUUACUCUGCUCAUAUCAACACUCACUUUCCCUCCGGGCUUGGGGCAGUUCAUGGCCGGACAGCUCACACAAAAGGAGACCCUGGUUUCAUUUUUUGACAAUCGCACCUGGGCAAAGCAAGGAAUCGCAGAAGACUUUAAUUAUGACAGUCACUCGGCUGCCUGGAAACAUCCGCAGGCCAACGUCUUCAUCGUCCUCGUCAUCUUCAUCGUUAUGAAGUUCUGGAUGUCUGCUUUAGCCACAACUCUUCCUGUACCAUGCGGAGCUUUCAUGCCUGUUUUUGUCAUCGGUGCCGCGUUCGGGCGUUUGGUGGGUGAGAGUAUGGCCGCGUGGUUUCCAGAGGGCAUUAACACAGAUGGCACCAUCUACCCCAUAGUGCCCGGAGGAUACGCUGUUGUGGGAGCGGCGGCGUUAUCUGGAGCGGUCACACACACCGUGUCAACGGCAGUGAUCGUGUUUGAGUUGACGGGUCAGAUCAGUCACAUUCUGCCCAUCAUGAUCGCUGUGAUUCUCGCCAACGCCGUCGCACAAAGUCUUCAGCCGUCCAUCUACGACUCCAUCAUCCGCAUUAAAAAACUGCCGUACCUGCCCGAACUCGGCUGGGGUCACCACGAGAAGUAUAAUAUCCGUGUGGAGGACAUCAUGGUCCGAAAUGUUCGUUAUAUCACUCUGAACUCCACAUACAGAGACUUACACGAGAUUCUGCUGAUGGGAAACCUCAAAACACUGGCUCUGGUGGAGUCUGCCGAGUCGAUGAUCUUGUUGGGUUCUAUUGAGCGCACUCAGUUACAGGCACUCCUAACGCAGCAUCUUGGUCGCCAGCGGCGACUGGAAUACCUGCGAGAGUGUACGGAGGCAGAGAAAAAACGUGUGUCUGUAGUCAGCACGCCCAGCAGUGAGGAAGAGGGUCACAAGGUCAACCACGAGGUUCGCUUCCAGAUCUUCACAGAAGAGUCGUCGUUCCCUCCCGCUCGUCCUGUCUCUCCUAAACCUCUGAAACCUGCUCUGAAGAGAUCGUCAGUAGCAGAGAGAAACACAGAGAUUCCUACAAGUCCUCAUGAUACUGGAAUCGGCUUCAAGAAUUUACUCUGCACUCGCCCUCAGACCGACGCAAUGGAGGAUGACCCAGACGCAGAAGACGAUAUGACACUUCGAGAGAUUGAGGAGUGGGAGGAGCAACAGCUUGACGAGCAGGUCAACUUUAACAACUGCAAGAUUGACCCCGCCCCCUUUCAGCUGGUGGAACGCACUUCACUGCACAAGACUCACACCAUCUUUUCUCUUUUGGGAUUGGAUCACGCUUAUGUCACCAGUAUCGGACGACUCAUUGGGGUUGUUUCACUGAGAGAGUUGCGUAAAGCUAUCGAGGGUUCUAUGACGGUGAAGGGGGUGAAAGUGCGCCCGCCGCUGGCCAGUUUCCGUGACAGCGGGACGAGCGGAACCAGCAGCGAAAGUGAAGCCACUGAACUCCACAAACUGUGGGACCGUCACACAAGCCUCACGCUACCCAGAGAACACCAACCAAACACCUCCGAUUCAGACGAGAAGUCCCAGUGAUGUCAGAGAGGGACGAGAGGCCGAGCACACAAACUAUUUAUUCGUUUUAUUGAGACACAUUCUGCAGACCUCCAAAAAUCCUCUGCCUCUCUUUUUAUUGGCCGGAUUCUUGGAUCUCAGAGCUUCCCGUCUUCACUUUCUACACUAAUUCUAUUUCACGUUUGGAGAAUCAGGGACUCUUUAGACUUUGUCCUGUCCCGUUUCAACUUGUGCAUGUGUGUGUGUAUGUGUGUGUGUGUGUCUUUGUAUGUGUUUCAGAAAGGGACGAGAAUUUUAAUUGUUAGUGUUUCCUUGCAUUGCCUCGUCAAGUCAUUUUUUUCACUGCAAAAAUUCAGUUUCUUAAUCAGUGUUUUUGUCUUGUUUUCCUUUAAAAAUAUCUUUAAAACAAGAUACAUUUACUCGAAAGGAAAAACUGUGUAAAAUAUUAAGACCUGUUAUCUUGAAGUCUUGGAAAAAAAUCUUUUUUUAAGUAAAUGUACCCUGUUUUAAUGAUGUUUAGAUAUUUUUUACUGGAAAACGAUGGAGGGCCAAAUUGCUCAUAUUUCAACAAAUCGUUUAUUUUUUAUACAUAAUGAAAUUGUUAAAUCACUUUCACUGAGUGAUGUGCCGAUAACUUAAUCCCUGAAAAUGAAAAGACUCGAAGUUUGUGCUUAAAUGAAAUAUCAUCCUAUAAAAUAAACUUAAAUAAAAAUGGACUCAAACUAGUGCUAAAAUGAAAUACAAGGGAUAUUAAUUGAUUUAUUUAGUGAUUUAAUAAUUUAAAAAAACAAUAAAAUCAUUAAAUUAAUCAUUUCAUUAUUUGUUUAAUGAUUUAUUUAAAUAUUUAUUUAAUUUAAUUGAGUAAUUUGGACCUCCAUAAACUCAAUUUUUAAUUUUUUUUUAUUAAGUUUUAUGCAUUUAAAUUUCAUAACAAAAUUCCAUCAAAUUGAAUUGAGCAAUCUUUAACACGAUAAAAUCUUAAAUAUUUUAAGUGUCAUUUUAUGUUGUUAAAAAUUAUUCAAUUUAUUCAAAUAAUCAAUUCAAAAUUACAUUUGAUGGAAUUUUGUUAUGAAAUUGAAAUGCGUAAAUCUUUUAAAAUACUUUUGAGUGUAGAAAACAAGACAAGAAUACUGAUUAAGGAAAUAAUUGUGGCAGUGUUCUGAUAAAAUAUUAAAUGCUUUUUUUAAACCACUCUCUCUUUUUUCCGAGGAAGAGGUGGGCAUAAAAUUUCCCUCUAUAUAAAGCCAGUGUAGGCGUAAUGCUGUAGGUGAUGGAGAGAACAAGGAAGAAAGAGAGGAAAUCCAGAGUGGGAUCAAUUUAUAAUCUAUACAGAUUUAAACAAGACAUUUUUUAUAUGUUUGUUAGACCGGAGAGCAAUUAUAGUUGCCAUUUCAAGCCAAACCACUUGUGCAUUAUCUGGUCAAUGUCAAACAACGCAGAACAGCACCAGCAGAAUCGCCCACACAGUGGAGCGUCAGUCAGACUGAACUGAUUUCAGCGUUUAUGCUCUUAUGUAAGGCACUUUUUCUUGGUUUCCUUAUUGAGAAUUCUGUUGCCUACACACUAACUACUUUUACCUGCAAAAAUUGUCCUUUUUGGAAUACUAGGCACACUUAAUUGGUGAGCAUGUUUGCACUAAAACACAAAUUAAGCCAGUCGCUGCACAGCAUACGUCAAAACCACAGCAUUCAACACCGUAACUUUCAAAAUGACGCAUUCCUUUUCUUCAGACACAAACGGUUAAAUAUGAACAAAAUUGGUGCUGUUUAUGUGUGUGUGAAUGUAUAAAUGUUUGCUUUGCAAUAACCACUUUUCUUAUAUUUUUGGAACUCAAAACUGCCCCUUUUCUCCAUUGAAACAAGUGAACGUAAUGUGUGCUUUGACUGGUUUAGGACUUGGGAGUAAAACUGAAGGUGCACACGUGAUUUAGGUUGUACUAGUUUAGAUCACUAGUUUUGUAGUACGAGCACGUCUUUGACAACUACAAGGGUGAAUCUCAUGAAAACAGUCAAGAACACGUCCAUGUCAUAUUUCAAACUAAAAUCAAUAGGAAAAAAAAUCAUAAAGAAAAUUAAGCAUAUUUUUUAAUUAAAAUGCAGCAUCAUUUAAAGGCAGCACAAUCGUGUACCAAAGUACUACUAUGACAUAUAAAUACUUCAGAAUUAAAAUAAAAAUGUUAUUUCACAUAACAGUAAUGAGAGUUACGCUUAAAGGAAUAUUCCGGGUUCAAUACAAGUUGAGCUCAAUCGACGGCAUUUGUGGCAUAAUGUUUCUUUUCGCCUUUUUUGUAACUUUUUUCCAUUAUCGAGAGGCGAUUUAGAAAUAUGUUUUUUUGUGGUAAUCAACAUUAUGCCACAAAUGCUGUUGAUUGAGCUCAACUUGUAUUGAACCCGGAAAUAUAAAAAAAAAUUUUCUUUAUUUUUUUUCAUUUUUUUUUUAUGAGUGAAUUACGUCCUGUAGAUGUUCUUGACAGGUUUCGUGAGAGUUACCUGCAAACUUUGAACAUAUAUUCCCUUUAAAAAAAAACACAAAAAUAGCCGAGUAGAACAAAAAGUGAAAUCUGAGCGUUUUAUUUAGUGUUGUAACAUUGUAAAUGUUUGUUAACAGUUGUAUUUGCCAUUACAUUUUCAUGACACUUCAUUAAUUCUGAUUCUUAACUGACCAAUAAGCUUUAAUCAGUUCAUAAAUGGAGGCGCUUAUUUUUUUUGUGUUGAUUCAUGUAGAGUUUCAAUUUACUUUUACAGAUAUAAUAUAUUUAAAAUAUCAUAUUAACUUAAAUAGUUUUGCCAUUUAUUUGAUUUGUUCUUCCAUUUAAUGAAAUGUUUGUCUUUUGACUCAUGCUCCUGCUGGUUGCAAAAAUGCAGUUUCACAAUUUCACACAAAAUCUCGCACUUUUCAAGAAAUUGCAAUUGUUUUUGCUCCCAAAACAUUGACGUUGCAUCUCAGAGAACUUUUGUGUGUAUGGACUGAUCUCAAGAAAACAUACUUUUAUCAUCUCAGCAAUUACUUUGAGGGCUACAGGAAGCCUUUGCACAUGUGUAGUCGACUCAAGUACUGUCAGACACUCCUUUACACAUUAUUUCAAUCUUGUUUUUUAUCCUGAAUGGACCAAAAGAACAAAAUGACUCUCUCGUUUCUAUUGUGUUAUCAAAUGUUUUUAUUUUGUUUAUCAGUUAUUUCCUUGUGGUCCAUUUCAUGUCAUGUAUUAGAAUGUGUCGUUCUGAGAAUCAUAUUUAUUAACAAUCUUACAUGUCGAUCAACAUUGAUUUUAUUUUUGAUAUUAUUAUCAUUAUUUUCAGUAAUUGGAAGAUAAUGUUUGUGCAAUAACAUUUUUUGUUUUGUUUGUUUGUAACCAGAAUUAAAAUGUUGGACUUUGUGGUGAGAUAACCAUAUUUUUGCAUAGAAACAGAGCUGAACUUUAAAUUAAAUGGGUAGAGAUGUUGCUUCUGAAUGGUUUCGAGAUCUCUAGAAACUCUGAGCGCCAACAAGGGUUCAGAUGUCCACAAGGAACAGUUAGUGCUAGUUCAACUAAUGCUUUUGAGAAACACUCACAUUUAAUCGUCUACCCAUGUUUAAAGUAAAUCUUAGCACAAGGGUUCAGAGUUUAUUUUUGAAUCAGCUUAAACAGUUAUUUCAUGAAUCUGUUAGAAACUUAUUGAGCUUCAACGACAAAAGCAAAAAUAUCAUGCAGGAUUUCCUGAAGGAAAAAUCAAGUGCACGCUUGUUUUAUAUAUCAGGGAAAAAUAAAGAUAUUUUAACAUGAAAA